AUGCCCUCCAACUCCCGGUUCCAUAGAGCCUCUGCAGGGCCGUCAUCUUCUGCGGUAUAUACCCAGCUUGCGAGCGAUUCGACAUCUUUAUUAGAAUCCGGUACACAGGUCGACUACUCGCAGGGCAAUUGCGCAGGAAACAAACCGGACCCAAAUCGGAUUGACAUCGAUACCCGAGACAGUGACGAAGACGACGAGGAGGAAGAAGAAGAAGAAGAAGACGAACGCAGACAGAAUGGAGUCUGGCAGGCUGAGGCUAUCACAUCCUCUUGGACGUUUCGAGCGCUUGUGUUUACUUACGUUUUUAUCUACAUCUUAACGUCCGUCAACUCGCUACAACAGCAGGUUACAGGCAUUCUGGGACCGUAUGUCACCUCAAGUUUCAAGCAGCAUUCUCUGUUCUCGACGACGCAGACGUUGUCCAGUAUUGUCGCCGGUUGCUCAAAGCUCCCGAUUGCAAAGAUUCUUGAUAUAUGGGGCCGAGUUGAGGGCUUCAUUUUGAUGACAGUUCUGUGCACGCUGGGUCUUGUUUUGAUGGCGGUUUGCAGGAAUGUUGAGACUUAUGCGGCAGCUCAGGUCUUCUACUGGGUUGGAUACAACGGGAUGGGAUACGUGAUCAACAUCUUCCUAGCGGAUACAACAUCUCUCAGAAACCGGAUGAUCAUGUUUGGGCUCAACUCGACACCAUUUAUCGUUACCGUCUUUAUUGGUCCAUACGUUGCGCAGUUGUUUCAUACAUAUAGCACAUUCAGAUGGGCAUUUGGAUUUUUCGCCAUUAUCGUUCCCGUCGUGUCGAUUCCUGUCGCGGCCGUUUUUCUGUACAGCAACUAUAAAGUGAGGAAGAUGGGACUUGCUCCCCAUCGCACGGUCAGUGGGAGAACUACCUUUCAGAUUCUCUACCACUAUGCGCGCGAGUUCGAUAUCGUUGGUUUGAUUUUAGUGGUUGGCGGCUUUUCCCUGCUGCUUCUUCCGCUUACUCUUGCCGCUAGUUCGGUGAAUCAGUGGCAUAAUCUGUAUAUCAUUGCGAUACUGGUUAUCGGAGUUGCUCUUUUAGCACUAUUCUGCGUUUGGGAAAAGUAUUUUGCGCCGGUGACGUUCGUACCAUUUCAAUACCUCCAAGAUCGAACAGUUUUCGGUGCUUGUGUUUUAUCUGCUACUCUUUUUUGCAGCUUCUACACAUGGGACGUCUACUUUUCCUCCUAUCUACAGGUAGUCCACAACCAGAACAUCCGCAACGCCGGCUACAUCUCCAACAUUUUCACUAUUGGCUCCUCUUUCUGGGCCCCUAUAGCCGGCCUCAUGAUCCGCUACACUGGCCGCUUCAAAUGGCUGGGCCUAGCGGCCGUUCCGGUUUCAGCGAUUUCCACCGCACUAAUGAUAUACUUCCGACACCCAGGCACAAACAUCAGUCUUAUCGUGUUGAUUCAGAUUUUUAUGGCUUUUUCUGGAGGUACACUGGUUAUGACGGAGCAAUUGGCUGCUAUGUCUGCGGUUCCACAUAAUGAAGUCGCUGUCGUGCUUGCAUUAGAGGGACUGUUCAUGAGCAUUGGCGGUUCAAUCGGACAAUCGAUCUCGGGCGCUAUCUGGACGAACCUCCUGCCGGACAAACUAAUUGAAUACCUCCCUGCGAGUGAAAAGGCAAAUUGGAAGAAGAUUUACGGGUCUCUUGAGGUACAGCUGUCAUACCCCGUUGGUAGUACAACGAGGGACGCUAUUAUAAUGGCGUACGGAUAUGUGCAAAGACGGAUGUUGCUUGCAGGGGUAUGUUUUAUGCCGUUGGCGCUUGGGUGCAUUUUGCUUUGGAGGAAUAUUGAUGUUAAGGGGAAGCAGCAGACGACGGGGAUGGUUUUUUGA